UGUUUCAUUUAUCAUUUUCCUUAUUAAUUGCCGUUGUUAUGUACAUUUUUCCUAAAUAUAUUUCCGUUGACCCUUAGUUUCCCAUUCUAUUCAUAAUGGUGUGUGCGACUUAGAAACCUUGUGCUUAUAAAAUUUUCGUAUUUGGUUAUUCCGAUACUAAACAAUGGAGAAAAAUGAAAUAAACACAAAAUAUUUGUCUGAUGCCUUCAAAAAUUGUCGUGUUCAUCGUCAUUAUGACAACAUCAAUUUGUAAUUGUGUAUAUGUCUGAGCUGUUGAAUAGGUAGUUUUAAAUAAAAAUGAUUAAGGAAAAAAGAGAAAAGAGUGGUCUGAAUGCUGGAGCAUCUAACACCACAACUAUUAAAGAAGAAACUAUUGACACUUCCCAUAACAAAGCUGCCUGUACAACAGACUCUAGUUCUUUAACAAAAAUGACAGAUGAUGAUUCUCCUAUAAGUAGUUGUAGUUUGAAGAAAGAAGGCAUUACUAGUGGUCGUGGUUCCAAUGGAAAUCUUCCAGUAAUUGGUUCAAAUAGUUCCGGAUCAUUAGGUGAUAGAAAACCCGAUUCUUGCAAUAUGGAAAACAAUGCAGAAGACAUGCAAAUAAAUGAUGAUGGAGGUAGCGGAAGUGCAUCAUGUAACCCAACCGUAAAACCAGAAGAAACUGGUUCAGAUAUAAGUACAGAUAAUUUUAAUUCAUUAACCGGAUCAGUUUCGAUGAAUGUUCCAAUGGGUAUACCUAGAACAUCACAACAGGCUCCUACAACAGAUGGUAUACAGCCUUUACCAUCAAAUGUUAUUAAUAAGCAGCCAAGUAGUAUGGAGUAUAUGCAGCAGCAAAGUCAAAUUUUCGUUUUCUCAACAACAUGGGCAAAUAAAGGUGCAGAAGCAGUAUUUCAAGGACAGUAUCAAUCAAUUAUUGCCUAUCACUGUGCACAACCAGGGACAAAAAAAUACUUAGAGAAACAUCCUUUAAAAAUGACACAAUUUAAUAGACAAAAUCAUGCUCAAUGGUUAAAUAUAGCUAUGAUGAAAAAUAAGGGGGCCAUGAGAACUCCAGGCAUGAUGAAUCAGGCAAACAAAAUCCCUGGGAACAUGCCUAAUUUUCCUGGUCACACUGAUUUACCACAUACUGAAAAUGAUAUGCCUUGGGAUCAGAACACAAAUUUGGGGAAUUUGGAUGGAAUAGCAAAUGGAGGACCGAACAUUUUACCUGAUGGCUCAAUAGAUGUUCCACCACUUGAUGGUCUUGUACCAGAGUCACCACACGGUGCAGGAGUGCACAUGUCCAAUUCUGGUUGUCCCUCUUCCAUGGGUCAGAGUCCUAUUAUGACCUCAACUAGCCCUGGCAGCCCAUCUCUAUCAAGUUUACAACCAUCAUUACAAGGUGUGAAAGUGCCAGAUGAAAAUCUAACACCUCAGCAAAGACAGCACAGAGAAGUUCAAUUGGCUACAAUCAGAAAAAUGCAACAAAUGUUAUUUCCUGAGCAAGGCAUGACAGAACCAGGUCUAGAUGGCAAUAAAGGACCUGGUCAACAUGAUAUGAUGCAACAAAAGGGUCAGAACAUGAAUCCUUGUAUUCCAACAUCAGGCACCACUCAUGCAUCUAUGCAAGGAGUUCCACCUAUGAGAGGAGUUGUACCAUCUAUGGGUAUGCCUGGUGGUCCAGGUCAUACUGGUCCUAAUAUGCCAUGUAGGCCAAUGGGUCCAGGUGUUGUGCCAGGGGGCCCAAUGAGUGGAGGACCAAUGGAUGGAAUGCCAGAUUCAAUGGGUUGUAGUGGUCCCAUGUCUAUGGGUGGUCCUAUGAUGGGUAAUGCUAUGGGUAAUGCAAUGCAGCAAAAUCAAAUGAAUAAUAUGCCAGGAAUGAUGGAUAAUGUUGGAGGGCAAAUGUGUGGCCCCAUGCCACCUGGUCAUAUGAUGGGCGGUCCAAGUGUUAUGUCACCUUGUGUAAUGGGGCAGCAAAAGCAAGGUAUGCUCGGACCUAAUGGCCCACCGAACUCUGUUGCGGCUCAGCUUGAAUGGCAUAAGCUUCAAAGUCAAUUCUUUGAAGAUAGAAACAAAGUAAAAGUUCAAUCUUCAAUGGGGAGUCCAGUUAAUCAAAAUGUUGGUCCAGGUCCUGGAUCAGGCAAUCGUCCUGCAGGACGAGGGCCUUCACAGGCUCAAAGAUCUCAAGGCCCACCUCCACCUUAUCAUCAAACACAAAGAUCUGCAUCUGUGCCUAUUGCGAUCCAGAGUCCAAAUCCAUCUAGCCCCAAUAAUCCUACAUCAAACCUAUCACUACCAUCGCCAAGGGCUGGAUCUGCUCUGAAUUCUCCAGCAGACAACUCUCGGCAGUUCUCAAAUCCAUCUGGUAUCAAAUCAAAUGUUGGAACUGGACAAAGUCCUAAUUCACAGGAUUCGCCCUCUGGUCGUACGCAUAAUCCUAGUAACCCAGGAACACCAAUCUCAUCACAUAUGUCUCCUAGUGCCAGUAUUAAGGAUAUUGAAUUUCCUCCUACAAGCCAACAAAACCCACCAUCAGCUGAUGGAAUGUUUGGACGAACACUUCAGUCUUUAGCACAACAAAAGUCUCACCAGGCAAAUCUUGGAGGUCCUCCUAAAGAACCCAAUUUAAUGCCAGUGCCUUCUCCACAGCAAAUUCAAUAUAUAGGAACAUUCGAAGGCCAGGAACUGACUAUUCAAAAACAACCAAACACUAGUCUCAAAGAUAAUAAUAUGAUAUCGCCAAAUGUCCUACCUACUACAAUGGAUGGAAAUUUUGCCGGAAACAACACAACUACAGAGUCAAGGCUUUCUGGGCCAAGUACACCUUUAACACCAUGUUUAGAGUCUAGAUUUCCAAUUCCACAGAGUCCACAAACACCUGGAAAUGUUCCAACCACAUCAUCAUCAAAUUCAGCUGACAAAAAUACUCGGCUUCCUGGAGCUGGGCCAAGUCCUCUUGGUUCACAGGGUCCUCAAACGCCAGGCAGUGAUCCAAUGAAGUCUCAACCAGAAUUAGGUCGGUUUAACACCUCAAGUCCUGUUCUAGGUGGUAUGUCUUUUUCAUCAAAACUUCAGUCUGGGCAAAUGAAAUUAGCAAAUUUUAUGGAUGGGGUGCCACAUGGUAAAAACAUGCCUGGCAUAGCACCUGGUACAGAUGCUUCAUCAGUGCCGACAAGUUUUGCCUGUGGAAGAGCUGAUAACAUGCCUUUGAACCCAAACAGUAGUAUAGCUGGAGGAUCAAAGCCUGCUCAUUUUGAUCCGAUAUCAUCGUUAGCUCAAAUGUCUCAACAGUUAACAAACAGUGUUAGUUCUCUUAAUGGACAGCCUGGAAAUGCCAGUGGUAUGAUGCCCUUCAACAGUCAUCCCAUGAUGAUGGGUCCAGGUGAAAUGGGGAUGUCUGGUAUGGGAGAUGGUCCAAUGCCAAAUAUGGGUCCAAUGGAUGGUCCUUGUAACAUGCCCAUGGGAAUGGGAAUGCAAUAUCCUAAUAUGCAGAACUCACCGCAGGGCAUGAUAAAUACAACAUCAGCUAUGUCCAUAUCUCCUAAAUUAUGCAAUCCAAUGGGUGGCCCUGGUCACAUGGGUCCUUUUCCGACUCCUUUGGGCCCGAGAAUGCAAAGACCUUCAUUCCCUCCAGGUCAAAAUCCUUAUAAUGGAGCAAAUAUUCAAGUUAAAGCUAGUGCACCUAAUACAAUUCAGUAUUUGCCAGCAAGGCCGCAGGUGAGCAGUAGUAAUCCACGAGCGCCGCCGAGCUUAGAUUUUCUACAUAGAUUUGCUAACCCAUUGAACAAUAUAGAUGGUAAAAUGGCUGGGCAAAACCCAUCUCUCAAUUUUCCUGGCUAUAUUCCUCCAGGUCCAAUGGGUGGAAUGUCAAUGGGCCCUGGACCAAUGGAAGGUAUGGGGGACAUGGGUCCAAUGAUGGGGAUGCCUGGAGGUAUUAUGAGCCAAGGUAUGGUAAUGCGGGGUAUGAGGCCACAAGGAAACAUGAUGCGAAUGCCACACAUGGGUAAUGCCUUUAAUGGACCUGCAAAUGGUCCUGACCAAAUGUUUCCAGGUCCAAACAUGGGCCAAGGAGCUAAUCCACAAAUGUUUGUUGCCGGUUCAAAAUCUAGCCCUAUGGGGUUAGGAGCACCUGAUGCUAGCCAACCAUUACCUCCAUCAAUGGGCCAGGCGAGUAAUUUCAAAAGCUCACCAUUUGUAGGACCUACAACGGCUGAUCCCAAUUAUGCCCAGCAAUUUCAUAACUUUCAACAGCAGCUGUAUGCCACGACAAGUACACGAAGUCAAAUAGGACAGGGAAUGCCACCAAAUCAAUAUUUUGUGCCCAAGUGAAAUGAUAAAAGAAACAUUUUCUGAUUUUGCGUUUUUGUUGAAUUCAAUAUAAUUUUCAAUAUAACAUUAUUUGUGAUUGAUAAUUGACUAAAAAAAGUUUUAAACGACAAUUACAGACGAUUUAAUGUUUUUGAGUGAUAGUUUUAUAGUGUUGAAGUGUUAAAUAAAUUAUGAAUUUUAAAGACAUCUCGAAUGCAAAUAAACUAAGAUGGAGUUAAUCUUAACUAUGUACAAAAUAUCUUGUUAUAUCCUUAAUAGUGGCUAAGACUCAU